CGGAGCGCAGCGCAGCGCGCAGACAGCUCAGGCUCCGGCGCGGGGCAGAGGCGCGGGCGGCCGGGAUCUUAGCACCGCUACCGUGUCCAGCUGCGGGGAGGCGACGCCGUCGCGCGACCCAGCGACCCCGCAGCCCGGCUCUCCGUACGCCCCGGACCGCGCCUGCCGCCCCGGAGCGAGCUCGCAGCAUGGGCUGCCUGGGCAGCAGCAAGACGGCCGAGGACACGGGCGUGGACGAGAAGGAGCGGCGCGAGGCCAACAAGAAGAUCGAGAAGCAGCUGCAGAAGGAGCGCCUGGCGUACAAGGCCACGCACCGCCUGCUGCUGCUGGGGGCUGGCGAGUCCGGGAAAAGCACGAUCGUCAAACAGAUGAGGAUCCUGCACGUCAACGGAUUCAAUCCCGAGGAAAAGAAACAGAAAAUUCUGGACAUCCGAAAAAAUGUCAAAGAUGCUAUUGUGACGAUCGUCUCAGCAAUGAGCACUAUAAUCCCUCCAGUCCCACUGGCCAACCCCGAAAAUCAGUUCCGGUCCGAUUACAUCAAGAGCAUAGCCCCCAUCACUGACUUUGAAUAUUCCCAGGAGUUCUUUGACCACGUGAAGAAGCUCUGGGACGACGAGGGGGUGAAGGCCUGCUUCGAGAGGUCCAACGAGUACCAGCUCAUCGACUGCGCACAGUACUUCCUGGAGAGAAUCGACAGUGUGAGCCUGGUGGACUACACGCCCACGGACCAGGACCUGCUGAGGUGCAGGGUGCUGACCUCAGGGAUCUUCGAGACUCGGUUCCAGGUGGACAAAGUGAAUUUCCACAUGUUCGACGUCGGCGGCCAGCGCGACGAGCGGAGGAAGUGGAUCCAGUGCUUUAACGAUGUCACCGCUAUCAUCUACGUGGCGGCCUGCAGCAGCUACAACAUGGUCAUCCGGGAAGACAACAACACCAACCGGCUGAGAGAGUCCCUGGACCUUUUUGAGAGCAUCUGGAACAACAGGUGGCUGCGGACCAUCUCCAUCAUCUUGUUCCUGAACAAACAGGACAUGCUGGCCGAAAAAGUCUUGGCGGGGAAAUCAAAGAUUGAAGACUAUUUCCCCGAGUAUGCAAAUUACACCGUUCCCGAAGACGCAACACCAGACGCAGGUGAAGACCCCAAGGUUACAAGAGCCAAGUUCUUCAUCCGGGACCUGUUUUUGAGGAUCAGCACGGCGACCGGUGACGGCAAGCACUACUGCUACCCCCACUUCACCUGUGCCGUGGACACGGAGAACAUCCGCCGUGUCUUCAACGACUGUCGCGAUAUCAUCCAGCGCAUGCACCUCAAGCAGUAUGAGCUUUUGUGAGGGAGCGCGCCCCGCCCACCUGACCCAGUCCCCAAGGCGGGCGUCCCUCGGGACUGCGAUCGUCUGCCCCGAGCCGUGGUAGGAUGUAGUGUCUAGUGUCGCCUGGCUGCCAUCUGUCCUGUCCUGACUGCACCCGUGCGUGACCACCAAGCCUCUGGCUACCUCUGUCCCCAGGUUUGGUUCUGUAGCUUUGUUUCCACUCAACACAGCUGUCCUGGCCCCUGCACCAGUCCCUGCUGUGCAGACCACCAGCUCUGGGGCGGCGCCGUGGUGAAGUCUCGCCUUUGGGACCCCUUUGACUCACUGGUUGGUGACUGACUAACCAAGUCAUCAUGGAGAACUCGGUGGAUAGGGGGAACAUGUGGCCCUUUUUGGUUUUCCCAUCACAAAGCCACAGGCUGACCAGUGACUGCCCCUCCUGUCACCACUGGCCAGGGCAUAGCAACGGGCAGUGAGCAUCCCUUUCUCCGGGAGCGUCUGAGUUGGGCAGAAAGCCGCCACAUCCUCCACUGUAAAACAUGUCCCCUGUCUGAAACAACUCUACACUUUCCCAAUACUUGGCUGCGGUCUCCUCCCAUAUUCUUUUUGUUGUUGGUUUAUGGCUGGUUUACUAUAUUGUACAGACCACAAAAUGUAAUCUUCUUUUAUAUCACUAUUGAACAAAAAUCCUCGUUGAUUUUUGUGCCUUGAUGGUAGCUAUACCUGUGAGGAAAUGUGUUCUCAUUGUGCUGAAAGCUUUGUGUCGAUAUGACCGGCUGCUUGCUCCAAAAAGGGGAACGAAUAGCUUUCAUAGGCUGUGGGACUUUUUUUUUUUUGGUACCAGGGAUCGAACUCGGGACCUUGUGCUUUCGAGGCAGGCAACGGCACCACUGAGCUAAACCCCCAGCCCCUGUGGGACAUUUUUAUCAGGCUGGUACUUUAUAAAAUACGUCUUCAUCUUUUAAAAAAUAUACGUAACCGACACGUGUUAACCAUCACCACAUGGGCUGCAGCCCCUGCUUUGUCCUCUGAGCCUCCCUGCAGAAUCCCAAGCUCCAACCCAGGGGGCUGGGGACCUUCUCCCCGGGCACUGACUGCCCUGGGUCGCUGUGCCGGGUACAGACCCCGUCAGCUCCCAGCAGGACAGACCAGCGGCCGUUCCAUCAGAGCUGCACACACAGACUCCAUCACGAGUACAAGUGGUCAGCGAGAAAGAGUCAGGCUGUCGCCCUUCAUGAUGGCCGAGGAAGAGGAGGAGGAGGAGGAGCAGGGCAUCUCCAUCUGUCUUUUCCAGAAGAAACCUUAUGAAACCCUUUCUGUUUGUGUUGAAGGUACUGGGGUGGAACCCAGAGCCUCGUGCAUGCCAGGCAAGUGCUCUACCCUGAGCCAUGUCCCCAGCCCCACAAAACCCUUAUGUGAAAUACAAAGAGAAACAUGGCUGUUUCUCACCCUGGGAGAUUCGCAAAUGCAGCCUCAAGAAUCCCAGACUGAGGCCGGCUGCGUGGGCCUAGGUGGACGGGCACCUCCUUGGUCUGAGGGCACCUGUGAAGCCACCCUGCGUUAAGGCUUCACUGACGGACCCAGAGAGGCAGCGCCCGGAUCACACCCUUAGUUCUCCUCCUAGUUGUUCCUGUUUCACAGCUUACUCCGUAAGUCCGCACUUCCUAGUCCUCUCUGAGCUGGCCCAGGUUUAAAAUCACCUCCAGGAAGGGCAGCCACCUGAUCCUGCCCAUCCCCUGGCCGCAGCUGGACUCCUCCCGUUUGGCCUGGGACAGGGAACGGAAGUGACUCCCACUUAGAACAGGAAGAAAACUAAAAAUGCACCUCCACCAAAAAAAGAAAUGUUUAAAGAUGCUGUCCGUCUUCAUUAUCGCCCAUCAGUUCCUCCCUGACCAAAGGACCAUUGCUGGGCUGGGUGCAACAGCAGCAGAGGUCUCAGCCCACUCAAGGCCCUGGGUUCGAUCCCCUGCACCGCUGAAGAUGAAUAAAUAUAAGCUGGGUUGAAAAUAAGAGCCAGGCCAGGCUGGGGAUUUGGCUCAGUGGCGUUGCUGCCUGCUGCGCAGGAGCAAGGACCCGAGUUCGAUCCCCAGCACCAAAAAAAAAAAAAAAAAAGAGCCAGACCCAUAUAGGGGGAAAAA